GACUCCCUGCGCAAUCAAUUACCGUUCCAGGAACUCCGUCACAUACAGAAUCUGACCACGUCAUAGAACUGGAAGAAACACGAGUGGCAAUGAUGGCUCGACUUCGCGAAGAGACGCUCAAAUGCUUGAAUGAAACUCGGUGGAAGUACGAGCCUACGGAUAGGUUCCAACCUGGUCUACCCUAAGUCGAAAUAUCGCCAAUGACAUAUACUGAGGUUUCCUACUCUGGAUCCUCCUGUGUAAACCCCACAGGAUUGAAAUGCCUGGAUAUUAGAAGAUUAGAAGCUGCAGCUGACUCUCAAAGUGCUUAUAUGCGAUGCGACAUCUAUCACCGUAGUAUGGGCUUUUUGGCAUGCCACUCCCUUGUGCGAGCACGUGAAGCUCGCGCAUCCAUUUUACCGCCUCUUCUUCAUGCCUUAUGCACUUGUUCCAAGUUUCUGAUCGGAUCCAAAUGCUCCAUCAUGACGGCGUGCCAUGAUUUGACUCAACUCUGACAUCGCCGCGUUACGUAAAACAAAACUGCCAAAA